AUGGCGGAGGCGCGGCUUGCUCUUGGUUCCGGACGUGGAAGGAGAUGGGGAAGGAACAGCAUAAGGGCUGCGUCGAGCUUCGUGGGCCGGAACCACCUGCCGCCGCGGCUGAAGCAGCAGAUCCUGGUCUACAUGUGCCUCAAGUUCAGGGCGGAGAGCCUGAACCAUCAGCUCAUGGACCAGCUACCCAAGUCCAUCUGCAAGAGCAUCUGCGAUCACCUCUUCGUACCGGUCGUCAAGGAUGUCUACCUCUUCAAUGGGGUCUCAAGAGAAAUGCUCCUGUCCCUGGUCACCAAGAUGAAGCCGGAGUACAUCCCGCCCAAGGAGGACGUGAUCGUGCAGAACGAGGCUCCGGACGACGUGUGCGUCGUCGUCUCCGGCGAGGUGGAUGUCAUACUGCUCGACGGCAUCGACGAGCACGUGGAGGCGACGCUGGGGACACGGGACAUCUUCAGCGAGGUGAGCGCGCUGAGCGACCGGGCGCAGCCCUUCACGUUCCGGACGAGGACGCUGAGCCAGCUGCUGCGGCUGAAGCAGGCCACGCUCAAGGAGGCUAUGCAGAGCAGGCCCGAGGACAACGUCGUCAUCAUCAAAAACUUCCUCAAGCAUCAGGUCGAGAUGCAUGGCAUGAACAUGAAGGUCGAGGACUUGCUGGGAGACAACACUGGCGAGCAUGACGACGACGCGAAUGUGCUGAUGGUCGCCGCGAUGGGAAACAGCGGCUUACUCGAGGACCUCCUCAGGGCAGGGAAGGACGCUGACGUCGGCGACGCCAAGGGCAGAACAGCAUUGCACAUCGCGGCGAUCAAGGGGUACGAGGACUGCGUGCUGGUGCUGCUCAAGCACGCGUGCAACGUGAACAUCAAGGACGCGCAGGGCAACACGGCGACGUGGAACGCCAUCGCGGCGGGGCACCACGAGAUCUUCAACAUCCUGUACCACUUCGCGCGCGCGUCCAACCCGCACGCUGGCGGAGACGUCCUGUGCCUCGCCGCGCGCCGCGGCGACCUCGACGCGCUCCGGGAGCUCCUCAAGCUCGGCCUGGACGUGGACUCGGAGGACCACGACGGCGCCACCGCGCUGCUCGUCGCGAUGGCCGAGGGACACGCCGACGCGGCCAGGUUCCUGAUCAUGAACGGGGCCAGCGUGGACAAGGCGAGCCUCGACGACGACGGCUCCGGCUCCGGCGCCGCGCGGCUAACAAUGUCGCCGACGGAACUGCGCGAGCUGCUGCGGAAGCGGGAGCUCGGCCACUCGAUAACCAUCGUUGACUCCCCAGCGGUAGUCCCGGACGGCGGCUCGUCGAGGCACCGCCGUCCAGGCAGAUUACAGAGCAGAAGCUCGGACAACGAGCGCUGGCCUCGGGUGAGCAUAUACAAGGGCCACCCUUUCCUUAGAAACCGCAGCUCUGAAGCUGGCAAGCUGAUCAAUCUGCCAGGCACCAUGGAAGAAUUAAAAGCCAUCGUCGGUAAGAAAUUGAAAGUUGAUGCGGAGAAGGUGCUGAUCGUGAACGACGAAGGAGCGGAGAUCGACUCCAUCGACGUGAUCCGGGACAACGACAAGCUGUUCGUGGUCACCGAAGAAGAUCUGAGGAGGCUGGCAUCAAUGGACUCGCUGUCUUCAUCAUAG